AUGGCGGAAGCCCUGGACUCUGCGCAAGAAGUUUAUGAAGGAGCUCUUAAAUCGUUUGACGAAGCCUUCCAUUCGUUAGGAGUAGUGACGAAAGAAACGGUUAAGAGAUUUCAACCUGAUGUCGACAAACUGGCAGAGGCUCUAGAAAAUUUCCGAGAACUCCUCGAAUCUCGACCGCGUAAAGAUUGGACAGGAAAGCAAUCUAAUCUGCAAUGGAGUUUCCAUGGUGUGCUUGGUGAAAUAAAGAUUGCACAGACAGUGAUCAAAAAUGGAAUUUUGUAUAAAUGGUCUGUUUGUUAUCUCGAGGAUGCCGUGCGCGUGUACAACGAGAAGGGCCACCUUUUGCAUUUCAAUUAUGAUAAGGCAAGCAACAAGCUAGAGUGGGUCAUUACGAAUGAUUCUUAUCCGCUCAAUCUCCCGGAGCCGUCUUAUGAGCUACUCGAUACAAAGUGGAUUAGAGGGGCCUAA